AUGGACGAAAUUCUCAACAUUCCAGCAGCAGUGAAUUUUGAUGAGUCUAUAGCUCAUUAUGAAAUUCAUGCUCAUCAACCGUAUGCUUCUUCAUCUUUUAACAAUAGCGAUGAAAUUCGAAUUGCAGUACAACAUCAAGACUUGUGUAUUUUACCAAGUAAAAGUUCAUUGCAUGUAUUUGGAAGAUUGACAAGGACCGAUGGAAUUACACUUACGGAAACUGUGCACUUGAGUAGCAACGCUGUAUGUUUUUUAUUUGAUGAAAUUCGCUAUGAAUUAAAUGGUAUUGAGAUUGACCGAUGCAAAUACGUUGGACAUACAACCAUUAUGAAAAAUUAUGUUUCUGUAACGCCUCCGCAGCUGAAUUUCAUUGAAAAUGCUGGAUUUUCUAAAAUUACAGCGGACGCAAGAAUUACAUUAGAAAAUGGAUAUUUUGAUGUUACUAUACCACUUGGCAUGAUUUUCGGAUUCGCUGAAGACUAUAAAAAAAUUAUUAUAAAUGCUAAACAUGAACUCAUUUUAACAAGAGCACGUAAUGAUAUGAAUGCAAUAUUUCAAACAGGACAAGGAGAAAAUGAACAAUUUAAAAUUUCAAUCAAUAAAAUUGAAUGGAUGGUUCCAUACGUUUUACCCGCUGAUAAUAAUAAAGUGAAAUUAUUAAAAUUUAUUGAAAAAGAUCCUUUAAUUUCAAUGAGUUUUCGGUCAUGGGAAAUGUAUGAGUAUCCUUUAAUUCCAUUAAGUUCAAAAGUCAUGUGGCAAAUUAAAACUUCAACUCAGUUGGAAAAACCACGUUAUGUAAUUGUUGGAUUUCAAACAGCUAGAAAAGAUAAACAGAAAAAAUAUGCCUGUCAUUUUGAUCAUUGCAACAUUACAAACGUUAAACUCUUUUUGAAUUCACAGUAUUACCCAUAUGGAAAUUUAAAUUUAAACUUUGAUCAAAAUCAGUAUGCCCUACUUUACGAAAUGUAUGCAAAUUUCCAAACUUCAUAUUAUGGAAAAGAUUCUAAGCCUCUCUUAACAAAGGAUAUUUUUAAAAGCUUAUUCCCUCUAAUUGUCAUUGAUUGUUCAAAGCAAAAUGAGUUUUUGAAGCAGGCAUCAGUUGACGUGCGUUUAGAAUUUGAAGCAGGAAUCAACAUGCCAGCUGAGACCACUGCCUAUUGCCUCAUUAUUCACGACCGUGUUGUGCAAUACAAACCAAUCAGCGGCGUUGUGAAGAAGUUGCUGUAA